AAGAUACAUGUUUUGGUUGACAAAAUACAAGUGCAUCCACUUAACUGAGGUUUUCUAGAGAUUGAAAUUGAGAAAGAAUUGAAAAUGUCUCAUGGUCUGAUUUAACAGGACGGAAGCGUCAGAACAACUGAAGCUGUUUUCAGAUUUCUGUUUGGUUCCAGACUUUUACAUUGGGAUUGUUUAUUGGAUGUCCCAUCCUGUUGAUUGUAUUCACUUACUCUGUGUAAUCCACCUUGAGUCGCAAUGGAAAGAUGCAAAUAAAUAAGUGACUCUUUAACUCAUUAAAAAUAUACCAAGGAGAAAUAUGAUGGAUACUAGAUCCCAAUCUUAAAGACAUACUUUCAGGAUUUGAGUAUACAUCACUUCUAUAACUAUAGGCUUUACAUGGACUCCUGCAACUGCUCCUACAACAUAAUAAAAGAAGAGUUGUAAAGAAAAAUAGUGGAAGAAAUGUCUAGCCAGGAAAUGAAAAGUAGAAAUGAAACUUUUGCUUCAGUGCCAGUUUUCACAUCCUAUUUAUCAGAAUGGACAAAUACUGCUGGCCUCCUGAAUCUUCAUAUGGUUGCAUACUUGACCAUGUUAACAGCAAUCUGCUCAGUUAGUGUCCCCAUUAUUUUAGCUGUUGUUUGUUAUGGUUGUGCAAUUAUACUACUAAUAUAUCAGAAAAUUAACAAACUAAACAAUGAUUGUUCUAGUACAACGUGGGACAAUGCCAGACUAAUUAUUGCUUACCUGCUCACUGGAUGUGGACGGAUAAUGCAUGGAUAUGAGAUUCAUGGUACCGAAAACCUACCACAAGGGCCAGGUCUCAUUGUUUACUACCAUGGAGCUAUUCCUAUUGAUUACUCGUUUUUUAUAGCUAAUCAGCUUGUGCUACUUGGAAGACGUUGUUAUUCUGUAGUCGAUCACUUUCUCUAUAUGGCACCAGGAUUAAAAAUGUUAUUAAGUAUAAUGAAUCUCAUAAGAGGUUCAAAAGAAGAAUGUCUGAAAAUUCUCAAGAAUGGCAAUUUAUUGGGUAUUUCACCAGGAGGAGUUCGAGAAGCUUUGUUUAGUGACAAGAGCUAUAAGCUUCUAUGGGGUAAUCGUACAGGCUUUGCUCAGCUAGCAAUUGAUGCUAAAGUGGCCAUAAUCCCAAUGUUUACAGAAAAUAUUCGUGAUGGGUAUAGGACAUUUGGAGAUAUAUGGCCACUGAGAUGGCUAUAUGAGCGCACUCGAUUACCACUUGUUCCUAUAUAUGGAUUUUUUCCUGUCAAAUUCCGCACAUAUAUAGGAGAGCCCAUACCUUAUGACCCAAACGUAACUUCUGAGGAACUAGCUAAGAAGACAAAAAUUGCAAUAGAAGCCCUGAUACGCAGACACCAAAAAAGCCCUGGAAACUUAUUAAGAGCUAUUUUGGAUCGAUUUGAUAUGCAACAGAAACCAGAUUAAGUUAAAAAUUCAGAUGGUAUAUUACUCCUAAAGACAUUGCAAAGCUAAUAAGGAUUAUAGUAGAAAAUGCUGGAAAUGUCAAAAUAUGGGAGCAACAUACUAUCACAUGUGGUGGACAUGCAAGAAAGCAAGGAAAUGUUGGACAGAAAUACAUGAAGAAAUGCAAAAGAUGCUAAAGUUUCGCUUUGUGAUGAACUCUAAAAUUGUUAUUAAAUAUCUUACCAAGUAAUAUUAUAAAAAUACAUAAUAAAUUAUAUAAAUUUAUGGUGACACUAGCAAGAGCAGUAUAAGCAGCAAAAUGGAAGGCAGAAUGUUCUCCAGAUUUGACAGAAUGAUGAAUAAACUAUAUGAAUAUGCAUCAAUGGUAAAAUUAACAUCUUACAUACAUAAUAGGCCAAUUCUAGAAUUUCAGGAAAAAUAGAAAGCUUUUUAUGAGCAUGUAGCUGAAAAGUUAGAAAAACUAAAAACAACUAUCAGUAAAAUGGAUGUGUUAUCAAAUUUGUAAUUUAAAGUUGAAUAUAAAAUGUUGAAUAUAAAUGUAUUUUAAUAUAAGUAAGGGGAUGGUGGGGAGAAAUACUUUGUGGUUUUUAUAUUGUUAUAUAUAGUUCUCUUAUUUAUACACAUAUGUUAUAUAAUCCUUAUAUCUUUCUGUAUCCCCUUUUAUUAUUAUUUUGUUAUUAUUUUCUCUUGAAACAAAAUAUAUCCAUUAAAAAAGAAAAAAUAGUGAGAGCUCUAUUUUCACAACUCCAAACAUCAUGAAUAGUUUGACUUGUAGUCAAAACUUUAUUUAUAGGCUUGCCUGUGUUAAUCCAAAUUGUUUAUCUAAACGUUUGCUUCACUCAAGGUUGCUUCAUCUCUAUAUUAAAACAAUUUAGCAAACAGCAUAAGCAUUUCAGAACACCAGUGAAAGGUAAUGAUAUUAUUACGAAACAACUUCAUAUAAUCUGUACCAGAUAUACUUCCUGAUUAAGCAUUUAUUCUUUUAACAUAUUACAAUUUUUCCUUCAGCACUUAUACUGUGUUGACAUCUGCUGGCUUACAAGAAUAUGACAGUCAUGAAACAGUGGAACCAGUUUAUUGUCCUUCAAAUAUAUUUCAGCUUGUAUCUUGGCUAACAUUUCUACAGGGGGAAGGAGUAAUUUUUGCCAAUUCUGCCCCCCCUACACACAUCAGCCCUCCAAUUCCUCCCCCCCCAAGCUAAAUCUUAGGGGUCCCCAUCCCUCAGAAUCAGUAUGGGGUGUGUGCUACAGUGAGAGGAGGAGGUGGGGAAAUUACACCUCUGCCUCUUAUACAGGUGUGAUCUUGGAAGGUUAUGGUUUGACCUUACUUUAUAAUGUGGUAUCUAAUUUUAGUUUUCAUCCUUGCUGUACCAAAUACUUAUUGUUGAAGGACUUCCUGUUAGAAACACAGACCAUUUUUAGCCUUUUCUCUAAAAUGUGGACUUCGCUUAAUUCUACAAGUAACUUCAGGUAUCAAGAAUUUUAUUUUGCCAAGAUUGUAAGGUGCUCCAGUUUUAUGUUAAGAAGUCUCUAUCUAAAAAGGUAUUAGCAGAUAAAAAUUAAGAGGGGGGUGUACAGGUGAAUGGAUAUGCAGGUGCAGUGGGACAGAUUGUCCUGUAAUAAAGGAGGAAGAGCAGAGCAAAGCUGGAGACAGAGAUAGCAUGAGGCAUCCAUGCAAAACAAUCAUGAAAGACCUUGUAUUUAUUACUUAAAUUAAAAGAAAACCCAAAUAUGAAGGACAAGCCAGGAACUAGGUUGCCAGAUUUCAUAAAAAAAUAAAUCAUCCCCUGGAGUUCCACACGCACACUCCUAGGCAUAACAUGAUGAUGUCAUUCUGGAGUGAUAUCAUUGCUGGCCACUCCUCUGGUGCUUAGGAGGCCAGGUGGAUGUAGUGGAAUCACAGAAGAAUAUUGUAUAGUGAGGAGUUUUAGUCGUGCCACAAUCCAUCCAUCUUAUCUAAAGAGCCAUUUUUGGCCAAUAUUCUAUUACAUAUGAAUCUGCCUUGCUAGUUAGGCUAUUUUCUGCUGAUGCAAGCUUUGAUCUUGUGCUGGUAUUUUCCCCCAUCCCAGGCACAAUGCUCAGAGGGGUGUAAAUCAUGCACCUGGUACAGGGGUGCAGGAUUAAGAAGGGAGGCUCAGACGAUCAGUUCUUGUGUGAGCGCCAGGCGCCUGGCCUUAUCAGUUAGCCUUGAACCAUGAAGACAGCUUGACACUGAAAGCAUUCCUUGACCUUGGAGCUCCCUUCUCCUUUGAUCAAUCACCUUCCCUUUAAUCAUUCCUCUUCUGGGGAGGGUGAUGUUGCAGGAGGGCAGGACAUAUAGGAUGCUUUAACUAUAUAAAUCUGAGACAGAGCUAUCUUAGUGGGGAUUCAGUACAGAUGAGAGUGCCAGUGACAUGCUGUACAAUCUUGGCCAAAGUGUCUGCCCAUUGCUGCCUAAGGGUCCCCCGGUGACUGAAGGGGCAUUGUGAAUCAUCAAGUUGUAUCUUUCCUCAGCUUUAUGUUAUGCUAUAUAUGCUAUGUAUGUUAUGGUAUAUGCUGUAUGUUUCCCCCUGUUAUUAUAUCUUCACAUGUACGCUCUGUUUUGAUUAUUGUACUUGCUUUAUGUAAUAAAAUUAUUUUCCUUCAA